UUUACAAAACAACCAUAUAUAUUUGUAAAUUUUCAUGCGACUAAAAUGGUCGACGCUUUUUCUCACAAGUAUCCCGCAGGCCUUGGCAAUAGUUUAUCCGAACUUUCCCAAGCCCAUAUAUUCUCUUGCCAUCAUGAUCACUUCCUGAGGUGGAUCGUGGAUCAUGAAAGUCAGAGAGAUAUAAAAAUCUUGAUCGUUCGACGCAUUAAGCCCAUCACACCGUCGAGGGCCGGCGAGGCGAGCUUUCUUGAGGUGGAGGGUGCAAGGGGUCCACCUUGGGGGUGCCAACGUAGAGGAAGAUGGAGAUGGAGGAUUGGGGUCCUCAUAGUCGUAGAUCAAUUAGGGGUUGAGGACGCCAUUCGAUACUGUGGAUCACACCGUCGGGGUGGGCCACUACAUCCAAGUGGACCGCGGCAGUGAAGCCAACCUGCCUCUCGGCUGAGUUCGAGUGCUUCGCUGCCAGGGGCUUCGUUGCAGGGAUAGGCGAUGGAGCAGGAAGAGGGAUUGGGGACGAGGUUGAGAAGGGGAAAAGGUAGGCCCUCUCGCCGAGGAUCAUCUCCUCCUUUUAAUGCUUGGUCGGUCGCAUGUCGCAUCCAUCCUCCCCUCGUUUUGUUGUGCUCUUCGUCGCCUCCUUUUAAUGCUUGGUCGGUCGCAUGUCGCAUCCACCCUGCCCCCGUUUUGUUGUGCUCUUCGCUUGCCAAAAGCACAGCAGAGUUGGUGCAGUCCUAGGGCCCAGCCCGAUGGGGUUCGCCGGCCGCGCUCGAUCUCCUGUCUGCUUUUAUUUUCCCUCCGUGAAUAUCCCCCGGUCCCUCACCAUUUUUAGCCCAAAUAGUCAUUCAAAAUCUCCCGCUUGUUGUUUUCGCUCCUCUUCUCCUUCGCUAUAAUAAUACCAACCCUUUCGCCGUGGAUCCUGCACCGGCUGCCGACAUGGCGAAGCAGCACAAAGCCAAGAAGCCAGAGAAUCUAGGGAAGGGGAAGGUCACCCCCGUCCAGAUCGCCUUCAUCGUGGACCGCUACCUCGCCGACAACUACUACACCGACACCCUCUCCGCCUUCCGAGCCGAAGCCUCCGAUCUCUUCUCCAAAACCAAGAGUAAAGAGGUGCCGAAAGGGUUGCUGAGUUUGGGGGAGAUUCUGGACGAGUACAUAAGCUUGAAGGAGCAGAGGGUGAUGGUGGAUCAGGAGAAGCGGAGGGUGGAGAUGGCGUUGCAAGGCAUGCAAGACGUGAUGCGGACCUACCACUCUGCUGGGAAUCCCGCUCUCCCUCCUUCUCCCCCUCUCCUUCCUUCUCAGUUUAUGGCAACGCCAGUGGCGCCGGUUCUUCCGGCCUUAUACCCUACUAUGGUCAGAAACCCUGUCAUGAAUACUGCACAACAGCCCGUUGUGCUUCCGCAUAUAGAAACAGAACCUAACAAUAGUUCAACUCCAGUACAUAAUUCUUCAUCUGCUAACAAGAGGAAAGCUUCAGAGUCUGCUUCCAAGGUUCCUUCAGCUGCAAAGAGAAAGCGGACUGAACUACCAAUUAGGUCCUCCCUGGUAGAAGAUAAUGUGCUGAUCUCAGAUGCAACAUGCAGUCAUGAAACACAAAAAUCAGCUGUUCAGUCAACAUCCCAUCAUCUGAUGUUUAAAUCUCCAGUUCAAGGAUAUUCUGUUGAAAAGAGCUUAUUCAAUCAAUCGCCUGAUUCUCAAACUGAUUCUUCCCCUAAGACCCCUCCACAAGCACUUCCUUCUCAACCUGACAAAUUAGCCGCUCCACAAAAAAACCCAUCAUUUCAAAAGACUGAUGCGAUCAAAUCUCAGGAAAUAGCUUCAUCCAAAAUCUCCUUAGUUGCUUCUGAAACUAUCAUAGUCAGCCCUCUCAAGGGUACAGGUUAUUAUGCUGUUGAGAGGAGCUAUCAUAUGACUUCACCCUACAAAUCAAGCCCAAAGAAGCUGAGCAAAAGAGAGCAUGUAAAAGGGAAGCUGGAUUUUGAAGAGCCUGAUGUACCGGUACCAAUCAAUUCAGAAAAAACAGUUGCUGCCAACAGCUCUACCUCGUCAACAGAUGCAGAAUUGCCUGGAAGUUUUGACUUAGAUCUUCCAGAUUUUGAUAUCUUAGAUGGUGAUUUCUCCUUCUCUGAGCUUCUAGCCGACAUGGAUAUCGACUUUGAAAGGAUUCCAUCUUGCCAGCCACCCUCUGGGGAUUCAAUUCCAGGGCCAGGGAAUAAUUUAAGCAGUGAAUGCUUGGAAACAAAUCAGACAUUACCGGAUUCUAGUUUGUCAACAUUAAGUGUUCUUUCAGAGAAGGAAAUGAGCAUUCAAGGGUUGAUCAAGAAUCAAGAUUGCUGCUGCCCCAAGGUGGAAAAUCCUUUAUUGACAAAGAAGGAAAAAAAAGUCAUAAAUAAAGUAGAACAAUUUGGAAAUGUGUGCGCGUCCUUACUGCAAGUCAGUUGUACUUGUUUGAUGAGGUUUUGCAGGAAGUCGACUAUUGGUUUGUGGCUUAAGUUGGAGUCCUUGUAUAUGAUAAAAUCCCUUACCAACAAAUUGUAUUGAAGCAACAUUUGUUUACGCUGUGUAUUGUAGAAGGUAUAUCCAUUAAAUCUCAUCUUGUUGAGUCUAACUCCAUUAUUAUGGAUAUGAAGAAUAUCGAUGUCCAAAUUGAUGAUGAAGUUCGGGCUCUUUUGUUAUUGUGUUCUUUACCUCUUUCAUAUAACUCUUUCAUAUAAGUACUUUAGAGAUACCUUCCUCUAUGGGAGAGAUAUGAUUUCUAUAGAAGAUGUUAAAACAUUUUUGCUUUCUAAAGAAUUGUUUGAAAAGCACAUUAUUUAGGAAUGCAAGUGAAGGUUAGGCAGAAGGCUUGGCUGCUAGAGACAGGUCUAAUGAAAGGGGAUUGGAUAAUAGUAGAGGUAAGUCUACAUCCAAGUCUAUCAUUGUUGUCGCAAGCAAGAGCAUGUUAAGAUUGAUUGUCAUAGGUUGAAAAAUAAGCAAUUGAAGGAUCAGAAAAAGAAGGAAAAAUUCGUUAAAGCUAGUGCAGCAGAAGAUGAUUCUGGAGGUGUUGAAGAUGUUUUCUCAGUAACCAAUGGAAUUAGACCUAAGGAUGAAUGGAUUUUGGAUUCAGGUUGUUCCUACCAUAUAUGUUUUAAUAGGGAUUGGUCCUCCACAUAUGAAGUAGUUGAUGGUGGAGUUGAAUUAAUGGGCAACAAUACCCCAUGUAAAAUAAUUGGAAAAGGGAUAAUCCAAAUUAAAAUGCAUGAUGGUGUGGUGUAAAUCUUGAUUGAUGUUCAGCAUGUUCCAAAUUUGAAGAAAAAGCUCAAUCUCUUUAGGCAUCCUUGUUGCUUAUGGAUGCAAGUAUGCAGCUGAAUUUCGAGUUAUAAAAGUUAGUAAAGCUGCCCUUGUUGUAAUGAAAGGUAACUUGCAUGUACUUUAAGGUACUACUAUUAUAGGUGCAGCAGCUAUGUCUUUGUCAUUUAUGAUAUAUUCCGAUAUCACCAAAAUAUAGCAUAUGAGGUUGGGACAUGAGUGAAAGAUGGUUGGCUAUGUUGAGUAAAUGAGGUUUUCUUUGUGGCUAGAGUAUAGGAAUGAAAAGAGUGGUUUUCUUUGUCUAUUAGGCAAGCAGAAAAGAGUUAGUUUCAGUAUGUAGUUUUAUCUUAGAUUAUAUUCACUCAGACUUUUAGGGACCUUCAUGUGUUCGUUCUAAGGGUGGUGUUCGGAAUAUGGUUACAUUUAUUAAUGAUUAUUCUAGAAAAAUUUGGGUGUUUAUGUUAAAACACAAAGAUGAAAUCUUUAAGCACUUUAAUUAACAGAAGGCUAUGAUUGAGAAGUAGACUGGAAAGAAGAUCAAGAGGCUCAGAACUGAUAAUGGAUUGAAGUUUUGUUUUUAUGAGUUUGAUGGGUUCUGCAAAAAUGAGGGUGUUGGCAGGCAUGAGAUAGUUAGAUAUACGCUAAAGCAGGAUGGAGUGGUUAAGCAUAUGGACAGAAUCCUCUUGGAGAGAGCUCGUUGUAUGCUCUCAAAUGCUGGCUUGUCAAAGGAUUUUUAUGUAGAGGCGGUUUAGUUCCUUUGCAGCAUAGCUCUUCUUCUUAGCCUGGUUCAGAAUUGGUGCCUGGUAUUACUGAGGCGAAAGAAACAUCAUAGGAUGGGAAGUACAGUAUUGCUAAAGGCAGAUAGAGAAGAGAGAUUAGGCUACCUCAAAGUUGUUUCUUGUGUUUGAUUCUACUAAUUCGUUAGUUGCUAUUGCAAGAGGAGAACAAGCCUCUUCUAGUGGCCAAGUUCAAGCAUUGCUUGGACUUGAUUGAUGUAUGCAGCACUUGAGAUUUGUCUUUUGGGGCUUAUGUGGAGAAGGUAGAGAGAUGUUUUACUAUUUUGUGGUGUAGCUUGAUAAAAUUCAAAUCAAAGUGGAGAUUUGUUAAGGAUGCCUUGAAUUUCUUGUUCCAUCUUGCUCUAUGAUUUUGUUUGAGAAAUUUGUAGUAGCGUCGAUAACAAUCGUGUGAAGCAUGGCAUUGGCCAUGGCUCAUGCUAGUCGCACUUCCUGGCUGCAUGGGAUGUGGAGAUUGGAAAGCGCGUGAUGUGAGAACGGAGAACUUGAGCAAUUCUUUUGGUAUGUAUCUAUUUUUGUUUUGUUUGGAAAGUUUGAAAGUUGGGUGUACUAGGAUUAGGGUUUUAUUGAGAUGGCUUUAUUCUUAUCCAAUCCUUUUGAUAAUGGAAUCUCUUUUCCAUCCUCUCCUGCAGAUGUAGGCUUGUGGCCAGUCCACGUAAAUUUGUGCAUGUUGUAUUUUUUUUUAAUCUCUAUCUUCUCGAAUCUCUUUGUUCUUAUCUUUCAUCAAGAUCCAUCAUAACACUUUUCAUUUGCUUCUUAAGUAAAAUUUUGUUCUUCCAGUUCUUAUCUCUGAUCAGUACUGUAUUCAAUGU